AUGACCAACUCAUCAUCCAAUGUCACUGAUGGUUUAUGGAAUGCGGCAAUGUCACCAUUCGACCACAUACUCCUUGAUGUAAGAGUAGCCAACUCAUCAUCUAAUGUCACUCUGCAAAUUCUGCUUUUGAUAGCUGAUGAUGUGUGUACGUACAGGGAAUUAAGCGUCUACCAACUCGACCCACUUGGUCUAACUUAUGGAUUUGGGUAUUUACAAGUGGCUGGAGUACUGUUUGGAUUCUUGGCUUGCAAUACACAACUUCUUCUUGCUCUGGAUGCCUCCGUUGACAUAAGCACUUCAGUCUAUAUCUCUUGGUGCAUCAGGAUUUUGGCUGCCGUUUUGAUUGUUCAGAGCUCGGGAGAUGCUUUGCUUGCUGGAGGAGCUCUGGUAUUUGUAAUUGUUAUGUCACCCCUGUUAAGGAAGAUCACCGCAUUGAUUUUUCCACCACGCGUACGCGAGAUUAUCAUCUAUCUACUGCUACAAAUCCAUAAGGGAUUGGCUUAUUUUGCAGGACCAGCCAUCUCGAGAGUAGCCCUUGGUCUCAUUACAGAGAUACAUUUGCUCUUCCCUCUGGUAUUUCCGUGGCAAAAGAGAAAUGAGCUGACGUGGCCAAACCUCCAUCAACUGUCCUCUCUCUAUCUCUAUCUCUAUCUCUCUCCCUCACCUCUCCCCUCUCUCCCUCUCCAACCGGUGAUGAUGGCUUCUCUCAGGCUCCCCGCUCAGCUCGUUACACGUGGCACUCUCAACCACCAUAACUCUUACUCCUCCGCCUCCUCCUCCUCUGGGCGCCUCUCCUGGCGGCGCUCUCUCACUCCGGACAAUUCAAUUCCGAGCAUCCCAUCUUCCUCAUCCCUUAACCGGAAACAAUCAACGGUAGUCCCGGUUACGUGCAGUGCUGCAGCGGUUAAUCUUGCGCCGGGGACUCCAGUCCGACCGACGAGCAUCUUGGUUGUCGGAGCUACAGGGACACUGGGAAGACAAAUCGUCCGGCGAGCAUUAGACGAAGGGUAUGAUGUCAGGUGCUUGGUUCGACCUAGACCAGCUCCCGCCGACUUCCUCCGUGAUUGGGGCGCCACCGUCGUCAAUGCGGAUCUUAGUAAACCGGAGUCAAUUCCGGCAACAUUGGUCGGAAUCCACACCGUAAUUGAUUGUGCCACGGGACGUCCUGAAGAACCCAUCAAGACGGUAGACUGGGAAGGGAAAGUUGCUCUGAUACAAUGUGCAAAGGCAAUGGGGAUUCAGAAAUACGUCUUCUACUCAAUCCACAAUUGCGAUAAGCAUCCCGAGGUUCCUCUCAUGGAGAUUAAGUAUUGUACUGAGAAAUUCCUGAAGGAAUCCGGUUUAAACCACAUCACCAUCCGGUUAUGCGGUUUCAUGCAAGGUCUUAUCGGUCAAUAUGCAGUCCCGAUUCUGGAGGAAAAAUCGGUUUGGGGAACGGAUGCACCAACUCGUGUUGCUUACAUGGACACGCAGGAUAUCGCUAGGCUUACACUUAUUGCUUUGCGCAAUGAGAAAAUCAACGGAAAGCUUCUAACUUUCGCUGGCCCUCGUGCGUGGACAACCCAAGAAGUAAUAACACUAUGUGAGAGACUUGCUGGGCAAGAUGCAAAUGUGACCACGGUUCCAGUUUCCGUAUUGAGAGUCACGCGUCAAUUAACUCGUUUUUUCCAGUGGACAAACGAUGUCGCAGAUAGAUUAGCCUUCACAGAGGUUCUCUCGAGUGAUACAGUCUUCUCUGUUCCGAUGACCGAGACUAAUAGUCUACUAGGUGUGGAUCAAAAGGACUUGGUGACUCUGGAGAAGUACUUGCAGGAUUACUUCAGCAACAUACUGAAGAAACUCAAGGAUCUUAAGGCACAAUCCAAGCAAUCAGACAUCUACUUCUGA